AUGCUUGUGGAUAAAGUCAUCAAACAGGGCAUUGAUCAUUAUUCUUUCUAUGAGAAACUUCGCGAUCUGCUCGAGGAGGGUAUGGCUGUAGAAUUUAACCAAGAUUUGGUUGAUGAACUGAUGCGGAGCACAAUUAUAAUCCAUCAAAUGAGCCAAGGCGUUGACUACAAGCGUCUCAGUGGAGAUAAUCGGGCUAGAUGCAGACUCGGAGAGAGGUGCUCCGGACUUGGGUACAGUGAUCCAAAUCCUGAAUGGUAA